GCGGGCGGGCGCUGCCGCCGCCGCCAUGAGCACGGGCCCGGGGCCGGAGCCGGGCCCUCAGGCAGCCCCGGAGCCGGGCCCGGAGCUGCAGCCCCGCCACGCCGACCCCGCCGACACCGGGCCCGCCGCCCCCGGCGGCCUCUUCGCCUGGCUGCGCGGGCGCUGCCUGGGCCGCGGGGCCGCCGUGGACCCGGCGCGGGACACGUUCGGCGCCAUGACCGGGCUGUACGGCGCCAUCCAGCCCGCCGACUCCGUGUCCCUCAGCACCCGCACGCACGGCGCCGUCUUCAACCUCGAGUACUCGCCCGACGGCUCGGUGCUGACCGUGGCCUGUGAACAGACUGAGGUCCUGCUCUUUGACCCCAUCUCUUCAAAGCACAUCAAGACUCUCUCCGAAGCUCAUGAAGACUGUGUCAACAACAUCAGGUUCCUGGAUAACCGUCUGUUCGCCACGUGCUCCGACGACACCACCAUCGCGCUCUGGGACCUGAGGAAGCUCAACACCAAAGUGUGCACGCUGCAUGGCCACACCAGCUGGGUCAAGAACAUCGAGUACGACACCAACACCAGGCUGCUGGUCACCUCGGGCUUCGAUGGCAACGUCAUCAUCUGGGACACCAACAGGUGCACAGAGGAUGGAUGUCCUCACAAGAAGUUUUUCCACACCCGUUUUCUGAUGCGGAUGAGGCUGACACCAGACUGUUCCAAAAUGCUCAUCUCCACCUCCUCUGGCUACCUUCUGAUUUUGCACGACCUUGACCUAAACAAGUCUUUAGAGGUUGGCAGCUACCCCAUUUUACGGGCCAGGAGGACCACGUCGAGCUCAGAUAUAACGUCGUCAGGCUCCUCUGGCCCUCGAGCCGUGGGCUCACCCUGCCACCAGAACAGCUCAGGGCCGCCCUCUGAGAAAACCCUGUCACGGCCCUCGCAGAGAGAAGGGGGAUCACCCAGGAAUAGCCUGGAGGUGUUAACACCAGAGGUUCCUGGAGAGAGAGACCGUGGUAACUGCAUCACAUCCCUGCAGCUGCACCCCAAGGGCUGGGCCACGCUGCUGCGCUGCUCCAGCAACACAGAUGACCAGGAGUGGACUUGUGUCUAUGAAUUCCAGGAAGGAGCCCCGGUGCGGCCCGUGUCGCCGCGCUGCUCGCUGCGCCUGACGCACUGCAUCGAGGAGGCCAACGUGGGCCGGGGCUACAUCAAGGAGCUCUGCUUCAGCCCCGACGGCCGCAUGAUCUCGUCGCCGCACGGCUUCGGCAUCCGCCUGCUGGGCUUCGACGCGCACUGCAGCGAGCUGGUGGACUGCCUGCCGCGGGAGGCCAGCCCGCUGCGCGAGAUCCGCUCGCUCUACUCGCACAACGACGUGGUGCUCACCACCAAGUUCUCGCCCACGCACUGUCAGAUCGCCUCGGGGUGCCUUAGCGGACGCGUCUCCCUCUACCAGCCAAAGUUCUAGGGCACGGCAGCGGCCCCCCCUCCUGGAUGGACCUUGGUGGGUGUUCCUUGAGCUGAGUGGAAGUGUGCUCUCUGCAAAGCCUCGGAGCGCAGAGGAGUCACGGCUGCUGUGCCUGGAUGUGACCUGGAAGGAUUUUUAUUUUAGGCCAGCGCCACGGGGAUCUGGGUCCUGCAUCUGUGAGCCCACAGAGCUCUGCUCCUGCUGAUCCUGUGCCAUCGGGCUGCUGUCCUGCUGUGUUUGUACCCUGGUACUUGAUUGUUGCCUUCAGCACAACUCCAGUGGGCUGUGUGGAGCAGCACAGAGGGGCAGGUGCCCAGGUACCUCCUGUCCCACACCUCUGCUUCCUCUUCUGUCGCUGAAGCAACUCUGUGGUGAUUAGUAGAUAAUGGACUGCUUGUCUACAUAAGCAACACGGUUAGUUACUCCCACCAAAAAAAAAAAAAAAAAAAAAAAAAGAGAAAAAAAAAAGAAAAAGGAAUUUUGCUUUCAUUUCUAUGUUAAUGUGGUUGUCAUUGGCUAGAAUAAUGAGUCAUGGUGUGGCUUAGGCUGGCAGGACCACUGGAGGUCACCCAGGCCCACACUUGCACAGGCAGGCUCCCCUUGAGCCCCCCACUCAGCACUGGGGAGGACCCUGGCCCAGAGGAUCCCUCUGGGUUUGUGCAGCUCCGGCCCCUCCUCUGCAGAGGGCCUUCCACCUCUGAAUCAUGGUGGCUUUCUGCUGAUGUUGGGUGUUUCCCACCUGGCUGUCUCCCCACACACACCUGGCUGCACUCUGUCGGUGGGGGAAGUUCCUUUGGUAUCACCAGGUGAGCCUUUCUUCACGUGUGCUGUCAGUUUGGGAGGGUGUUAAAAGCAAACCUGCCAACAGUGGGAUGUGCCUGGGUCUAACCAGGCCUGUCAUCAGGUUGUGAGCACUGUACUGCUCACGUUGGAGGGGAAGCUGUAUGGGAGCAGCUGAGAUCACUUGGUUUGUUCAGCUUGGAGGAGUCUGAGAUGAGAUCUCGUGGUGCUCCUGAGCAUCCUCCUGUGGGGCAGUGGAGGGGCAGGUACUGACAGGAACAAGGAACAGGAGCAGGGCACGGCUGGGGCUGGGCCAGGGCCAGGGGAGUUGGGGAUGGAGAGCAGGAAAGGUUCUGCUUCCCCAGAGGGGUAACUGCUGGCACUGCCCAGGGAAUGGGCACAGCCUGGGGCUGCCACAGCUCCAGCAGAGCCUGGACAGUGCUCCAGGGAUGCCCAGGGUGGGCUCUGGGCAGGGCACGGGGGGCACUGGGUGACCCUUGGGUCCCCUCCAGCUCAGGGGAUUCUGUGGUCACACCCAGAGUAGGAAUGCCAGAUUUCAGCCCUUGAAUUAAUAGAGCUGACCUUGUAAAUGCACAGGUGUUGUACAUCCAUAUCGGUUCAUAACAUUCUCAUCACUUACAUGUUCCAAGAUGAGGUUUUUUAGUGUUUCACUGAAGUUUUGCAGACUAGUCACACACUCAGUUCAGCAGGGAACUUUACCUGAAAAGACUGUCACCUGCUGGUGUUCAGGUACACUCUCUGGCUCAGCAGACCACACUUGUUCAAAGCUCUUACAAAGCCUUUUGCAAAACGUAUUUGGGGAUAAAGACAACAUACAUGGAUGUGAGAGAGCUGGAAAGGUAAGCCUGAGGACGGACCCUCCUGUAGCUUUGUAUUUAUGUGGGUAGUAUACCCUGGUGGUGGUGCAGAAGUCAUUGAAACUAAAGCCUCCUCUGCAUGAUGACAGAAUAAAAUCCCAAGUUUCCUCUUUUGAGAAUGCAAAGCCUUCGGUUUUGUGUGCAGGGUAAUCUGAGGGCAAACAUCCCUUCUGCUGGCCCGAGCCUGCGGGGACGAGCCUAGCACGCAGGCUUUUCAUGCAGAGGAGGAGCUACAGGGAGUUUGUAUGGGCCAAGCUGUUUGGGGAAAAGACGCCCAGGUCCUGCCCAGGACUGCAGCCGCUCUUCCCCAGGCAUUUUGCUGUCCCACUGCCAGGCUGCUGUUUUCUCACCUUAUUUAAUGUUUUAUUACACAUCACGGAAGGGACUGCAGGGACACUUGAGAGAGCCUUGGGGUUCUCACGGGCUUGCACAGUGUUUGUUUUGCAGGUGAAGGAGCACCCACAGGACCGAGGGGGUUCUCUGUGUGUUUCCAAGGCUGUUUUUGUUUUCCUGUCAGAACCUCCUCAGACUGGUGGAUCCCUAGUGACUGUAACGCUAUGCCUGUGAAUAUGCACUGAGUGUUACCUUUUUAAUUCUACCUCAUGAUAACGCUGUGUUUUACACCAGUAUUGUGCUGAGCUUUGGACACUCACCUUUCUGUACAGAGGACCAUGACCCCCAAGUGGUGACAGAUGUGUGACAGAUGUGCGACAGAUGUGUCACCACCGCUGCUUGACAGCACCUGUGGUUGGCUGGCAGGCCCUGCCUGGCUCUGGCAGUCACCUGGUGGAGGGGUUUGGUCACCUUGAUGCUUUUGUAGCGUGUCCAGCUGAUGCAUAAAAUGACAGAAUCUGUA